ACAGCAUCAGCUCACCAAUGCAAAGUAAGCAUGACUGCUAUCUUCCUGGUGUCCAUGCUUUUUGGCCUUGCUUGUGGACAAGCAACAUCUUUUUGUAUUCCAACUGAGUAUAUGAUGCAUGUCGAAAGGAAAGAAUGUGAUUAUUGCCUAACCAUCAACACUACCAUCUGUGCUGGAUAUUGUAUGACACGGGAUAUCAAUGGCAAGCUGUUUCUUCCCAAAUAUGCUCUGUCCCAGGAUAUUUGUACAUAUAGAGACUUCACGUAUAAGACUGUAGAAAUACCAGGAUGCCCACGCCAUGUUAGUCCUUAUUUCUCCUAUCCUAUAGCUGUAAGCUGUAAGUGUGGCAAGUGCAAUACUGACUAUAGUGACUGUAUACAUGAGGUCAUCAAGACAAACUAUUGUACCAAACCUCAGCAGUCCUACAUGGUGGGAUUUUCUAUCUAACUUCAAUAGCAAUGUAAUUUGCAAUUCAGUUCAAUGUGUUUGCUUGGAAUAAAACUCAUACUAUAUCAAUAUAUUUCACA